AUAUUGUCUGCUGGAGCUACCGCUGAAGCUGUCGCCGCCGCCGCCGCCGCCGCCGAGUCCCAGCGAGCGGAGCCGCGAUGGAGACCAUGGCGAGCCCAGGAAAAGACAAUUAUCGAAUGAAGAGCUAUAAGAACAAUGCCCUAAAUCCUGAGGAAAUGAGGCGAAGAAGAGAGGAAGAGGGUAUACAGCUCCGGAAGCAGAAGCGGGAACAACAACUUUUUAAACGGAGAAAUGUGGAGCUGAUUAAUGAAGAAGCUGCAAUGUUUGAUAGUCUGCUGAUGGACUCCUAUGUGAGCUCUACAACUGGGGAGAGUGUGAUCACAAGAGAAAUGGUGGAGAUGCUCUUCUCUGAUGAUUCUGACAUGCAGUUAGCAACCACACAAAAAUUCCGCAAACUUCUCUCCAAAGAGCCAAGUCCUCCAAUAGAUGAAGUUAUCAAUACUCCAGGAGUAGUUGAUCGGUUUGUGGAGUUUCUGAAGAGGAAUGAGAAUUGUACAUUACAGUUUGAAGCUGCCUGGGCUCUAACAAACAUUGCCUCUGGAACCUCUCAGCAGACCAAAAUUGUCAUUGAAGCAGGGGCUGUCCCCAUUUUUAUAGAGCUGCUUAACUCAGACUUUGAAGAUGUACAGGAACAGGCAGUCUGGGCUCUGGGAAACAUAGCUGGAGACAGUUCCGUUUGCCGAGAUUACGUCUUGAAUUGUUCCAUCCUUAAUCCUUUAUUAACACUUCUUACCAAGUCCACACGACUGACGAUGACACGAAAUGCAGUCUGGGCUCUGUCAAAUCUCUGCAGAGGGAAGAACCCACCCCCAGAGUUUGCAAAGGUCUCCCCUUGUUUGCCAGUAUUGUCUCGCUUACUCUUCAGCAGUGACUCUGACUUGUUGGCAGAUGCUUGCUGGGCCCUCUCUUACCUAUCUGAUGGCCCCAAUGAGAAGAUCCAGGCAGUGAUAGACUCCGGAGUCUGCCGGAGAUUGGUCGAGCUUCUGAUGCAUAAUGAUUACAAAGUGGCUUCUCCUGCUCUGAGAGCUGUGGGUAACAUUGUCACUGGGGAUGACAUCCAGACCCAGGUUAUUCUUAACUGUUCAGCCCUCCCUUGCCUUCUGCACUUGCUGAGCAGCUCUAAGGAGUCAAUUCGGAAGGAAGCUUGCUGGACCAUUUCAAACAUCACUGCUGGCAACAGGGCUCAGAUACAGGCUGUCAUAGAUGCAAAUAUCUUCCCUGUGUUGAUUGAAAUCCUUCAAAAAGCAGAGUUCAGAACAAGAAAAGAGGCAGCUUGGGCCAUUACCAAUGCCACAUCAGGAGGAACCCCAGAGCAAAUCAGGUACCUCGUAUCAUUGGGGUGCAUCAAACCCUUGUGUGAUUUGCUGACAGUAAUGGAUUCAAAGAUUGUGCAAGUGGCCCUCAAUGGACUCGAGAACAUCCUAAGGCUUGGUGAACAAGAGGGCAAGCGUAGUGGCUCCGGGGUCAAUCCCUACUGUGGCCUCAUCGAGGAAGCCUAUGGUUUGGAUAAAAUUGAAUUUCUCCAGAGCCAUGAGAACCAGGAGAUCUACCAGAAAGCCUUUGACCUCAUUGAGCACUAUUUUGGUGUAGAAGACGAUGAUAGUAGCCUGGCUCCCCAGGUGGAUGAAACACAACAGCAGUUCAUCUUCCAGCAGCCUGAGGCGCCCAUGGAGGGCUUCCAGCUAUAAUAUCUGCCUCCGGGGAGGGGAAGGGAUGGGAUGAACCACCAACCAGCAGAAGAGCAGCCCUCUGAUGGGCGGGAAAACAGCUUCCCCACCAUCAGUCACAUAUACCUGCUGCCCUGGAGACUGUGCUCUUGACCUGCUCCACCCCCUUCCCUGGAGGGAGCACCCUCUGGACAGACACAACCAUCUGAGGCUCACAUUUGGGUUUUGUGACAAGAAGGGGAUGUGUUGGGUUUUCUUCCUUACACUAUGUUUUGGCUGCACACUUCUUUAUAACCCAGGAGCCCAGGGAUAGACAAAGGAGGACUGAGGUAAUCAAUUUGCACCUUUUUGAAUUUUUAUUUUUUUCCUUUUUUUCUUCAGUGGUGACUUCUUCCCUUUUAUCUUCCUUUCUCCUUCCCAGUCCUCUGCCCUGAUUUGUAUAACUCUUACCUUGGGUACUUGAGCAGAUGGAAUAUCCCAGAGGGGGGAGGGGGGAAGGGAGGGAAAAGUCCAAAACAAAGUGUUCUUGCUCUGACAGAAUACUAAUCUUGUAUACGUGGA